GCGGCCAGCGGGCGGGUCCCUCAGCGCCCCCGGCACCGGCCGCACCCGCGCCGGGCGGCCCCCGCCUGCCCCUCCCGCCUCCGGUCCCCGCUCCGCCUCGGCGGGCAGUGCGCAUGCAUGGGGCGGCCCCCCAGCCCCUGACUCAGCCCCGCUUCCCUCGUCUGCUGGCGGGAGGCAGCCCCCGCCGCGGGCCAGGAGCAGAGAAAAGGCGGCCACCAUGAAUCGUUUGGGGAAGAAGGCGAAUGAGACGCUUAUCGAGAUGGCCCUGUCCGCGGACGAUGACAUUGUGAUUCUCACCAAGUUCAAGCCAUCGCAGUCAGAAGGGGAAGAAUGCAAUGGACCUCUAUGUGAAACUAUUUCAACUUCAGGAUCAGAAGUCCCAAGCAGCUCUGAGGGCCUAAACAGCACUGAGACUACUUUACUCAUCCCUGAGCAUCAAGUGAUUGAUAAAAGACAUCAAAGCAAAGAUUCUAUUUUCUUCAGGGAUGGUGUUAGGAGAAUUGAUUUUGUUCUCUCCUAUGUGGAUGAUCUUAAUAAGGACUGGGAAAAGAAGUUGGAAAGAAGAAGAGAAUUUGAGAGCAAUCUGCAAAAGGCUGGUUUAGAACUAGAAACAGAAGACAAGAAGGAAUCCGAAGAUGGCAAGAUUUACUUUGUCAAGAUCCAUGCCCCGUGGGAGGUUCUGAUCACGUAUGCAGAAGUGCUGAACAUUAAAGUUCCGAUCAAAGAAAAUGACAUUCCCUCAAUGGUGGAGAACCCCCUGGACUGUAUGCUUGCACCGCUCAGGCUUCCCAAGGAGGUGAUGCACCCUGAACCAGACUAUUUCACAGCACCGUUCAGCAAGGAGAAGCAGGAGCUGUACCUCAUUAAUGAUGAGAGCACUUUCUUCUCACCAUCCAUGAGAAACAGAAUAGUUAAUUAUAUUCUUACACGUUGCCCAUAUGGAACAGAAGAAGGGAAAAAAAAAUUCGGGAUUAAGAGACUGCUAAAUAAUGGCACCUAUUCAGCUGCAUACCCUCUUCAUGAUUGCCAGUACUGGAAAAAGGCAAACGAUCCGAACUGUGACAAUGAGAGGUAUACGCUGUACAUGGAGUGGGCCCGUUUCUUGCGGUUCUACAAAGAACAGCCUUUGGACCUUAUCAGGAAGUACUAUGGUGAGAAGAUUGGGAUCUAUUUUGCCUGGCUAGGAUUUUACACUGAGAUGUUAUUCCUUGCAGCAGUAGUUGGCUUAAUCUGUUUUCUUUAUGGCUUGUUUACAAUGGAUGAAAAUAUGAGCAGCAAAGAAAUCUGUGACCCUGCAAUUGGAGGAGAGAUCAUCAUGUGCCCUCUUUGUGACCGAGAGUGUGAGUACUGGAGGCUAAACACCACCUGUGCAUCCUCAGAGUAUUCCCAUUUGUUUGACAACGUGGCAACUCUUUUUUUUGCCAUUUUCAUGGGCAUAUGGGUUACGCUUUUCUUGGAGUUUUGGAAGAGACGCCAAGCUCGACUGAAAUAUGAGUGGGAUUUAGUUGAUUUUGAAGAGGAACAGCAACAACUCCAGCUGAGGCCUGAGUAUGAGGCAAAAUGUACCCAAAAAAAGAAGAAUCCUGUAACUCAGGAGAUGGAGCCUUACUUGCCUAUAACUAGCCAGGCUGUGCGAUUCUGCAUCUCAGGAACUACAGUGUUGUUCUGGGUGUCUCUUAUUAUAGCUAGCAUGAUCGCUGUGAUUGUGUACCGUCUUGCAGUGUACGCUGCCUUUGCCAGCCUCAUGGAGAACACUCAGACUUUACAGCCCAUCAGCGGAUUGCUGACCCCUCAGCUGGCAACUUCAGUCACAGCCUCGUGCCUGAAUUUUGUAAUCAUCAUGAUAUUGAAUUUCUUAUAUGAGAGAAUAGCCAUCUGGAUUACUGAUAUGGAGAUUCCCAGAACUCACAUGGAGUACGAGAACAGGCUCACGAUGAAAAUGUUUUUGUUCCAGUUCGUCAACUACUAUUCAUCCUGCUUCUACGUUGCCUUUUUCAAAGGGAAGUUUGUUGGUUACCCAGGUGCCUACACAUACAUGUUCAAUCGCUGGCGAAAUGAAGAGUGCGAUCCUGCGGGCUGUUUGAUAGAACUGACGACACAGCUUACCAUAGUCAUGGCUGGCAAACAGAUCUGGGGAAAUAUCCAAGAGGCCAUUGUACCCUGGAUUUGUAACUGGUGGGGUCGUCGGAAAGCCAGAAAUAAUCCAGAAAAUUUAUACAGUCGCUGGGAGCAAGACCAUGAUUUGCAGAUAUUUGGAGCCUUAGGACUGUUCUAUGAAUAUCUAGAAAUGGUCAUUCAGUUUGGAUUCAUUACGCUCUUCGUGGCGUCCUUUCCCCUGGCUCCCCUUCUUGCUCUGAUGAAUAAUAUCCUGGAGAUUCGAGUAGACUCCUGGAAAUUAACCACUCAGUACAGGAGACCGGUGGCUGCAAAAGCGCACAGCAUAGGAGUUUGGCAGGAGAUCCUGAACGGAAUGGCCAUCUUGUCUGUUGUCACUAAUGCUUUUAUUGUUGCAUUCACAUCAGAUAUGAUUCCUCGUUUAGUUUACUACUAUGCUUAUUCUGAAAGUGAAGACUCACCUAUGUCUGGAUACAUAAACAAUAGUUUGUCAGUGUUUCAAAUCUCAGAUUUUCCAUACAGAAACAAGCCUAAAAUGAAUCCGGAAAACUUUGUCAUAUGCAGGUACAGAGACUAUCGAUAUCCUCCGGACCAUGAGAGGAAAUACUUACACACCAUGCAGUUCUGGCACAUUCUUGCUGCAAAACUGGCUUUUAUCAUUAUUAUGGAGCAUGUUGUAUUCAUCGUCAAAUUCUUUGUAGCAUGGAUGAUUCCUGAUGUCCCUGCAGACGUAAAAGCAAAAAUAAAACGUGAGAAAUAUUUAACACAGAAAAUCCUGCAUGAGUAUGAACUUGAAAAACUGAAGGAGAGACUGUGUCAAGGUGAUAAAGGAGCCACGGAAAAAGAGUUCAUCGCCACAGAAGGGAGAAUGGAGUUAUCCAGAGCAAUGUAGUUGAAGAAAACCCAGCUGUUUGGGAUUUAACUUGGUUUAGCUUUUUUAUCUGUGAUUUGCUCAGUAUGCAUCAUCUUGAAAGCUAUAGGAUGGUUUCAACCCUUUGCUUUCAGUCCAAAGAUUUUAGACUUUUCUUUAAAAGUCUUACUGAGCAUUCUAGGUUUAAUAAGUCUACUUAACUGUAUGACUUCAGCACUGUUUUCUAUUUACCCGCCACUUUAAUAUUGUGUAAUCUUGUAAUACUAGAAUUUGGAUUCCAGCUACGGGGAAUGUUACCUUCAAAGGGCUGACAGGAUAUAAGGUCAUUACCACCAAGCCCUCCCCCUCUUGCUAAAUGCAAAGCUCCAGGCUGUAUCCCAGCUGAAUGAAAAGGAUAACAUAGAGGACUCCUGCUGUGGAAAAUGCUGAGAAUUAUUAUUUUUAUGACAUGAUCAUUUAAAUAGGAGAACACUCCAGAUACAAGGGUUUGGGGCUUUUUUUGUCCAGUAUGUCUUAUGAAACAUUUGUUUGCAGCUUUGAACUUCUAUACACUUUUUUAGAAAGAAUUGAUUUUAAAAAAUAUACUGACUUAAUUCCACUUGGAAUUGUUUAUAGCCACAGAAUUUGGUUAAUACAUACUAACAAAGGAAAAGAACUCCAUAAUUUGUUUUCAUAAAGAUCUCAUCUGCCAAAGAGUUUGCUCUUUAAAUGCAAGUAUUGUGGAAUCGUCUAAUUGCAGGUUUUUUUAAAAAAAUCUAUACAGUUUGGAGAAAUAUAGUUUAUUUAUUUCUCAGUCUCAAAACCUGCCAUUGGAAGGUAGUGCUUGAUACUAGUUUUGGCCAAAGCUACUCCUUUGUGUGGUUUCUCUGUGAGUGCCACCAAAGGGCUGAAGCUGUGCGGCUGUACUUGCUGCACACUGUGGUGUGGUGCAGUGCCUUGGGAGCUGGACCGCCACACUGGUUGAUCUAGCAGGAUGGUUUGUACCUGGAUUUGUAAUCAGAAGAUUUUAAGCAUGCCAAAUAAUCUGUGUUUACGUUGUUACUGUCCUUAUACAUAGGAUCCUGGGAGUUUUGUUUUCAUUCUGGGGUGUUUCUUUCUUUUUAAGAAGGAUUUUUUUUUUCUGUUUUGUCAUGGGGCUUUUCUACAAAAUUACCAAGUUUAUAAAUAUAUAAUAACUACUUGUGCAAAGUAGCUAUCAGCUGUUAAUGAAUGUGCCCUCAUUUUAUAAUUUGAAGCAGUUAGGCAUUUUUAUGAUUUUGCUGUAUAUUUAAAACAUAUCAACACUUCCAUGCUUAGUGCCUUGUUUAUUUGCAUUUGGCAAAAGAUGUGAAAACGAUCACUAUGGGGAAAUGCGUGUUUCCAAGGCGUGCUCGCAGGCACUGUGAUACUGUGAACCUGCGCGUGGAGCUGUACAGUGUUAGCCAAACGGUGCCUGCCCUGGCACGCUUUUGUUUUAGUGGUAUGCGAACUGUUCGUGGAGAGCAGAGCGUACCUGGACUGCUUAGAUGAAGUUGCACCAGGCUAUUGAGCUCUCUCAUGCUGAAGUACACUAGCUGGAGAGUUUAGAAAUUUUACUAUUUUUGCACUUUGAAAGUUAUACUUCCUUGCAAGUAUACACACACACACACACAAAAAAUAUAUUUGUAUUCCUUAUCAGCCAAAUGAUGUACUGUUUACUGAAUCCACAACUUAAGGUUCUUGUGUCCUGUUUUUGCACACCUAGCCUACAUCUUGGAAUACUUGGCUAGUAACCUUAAUGUUGUAACAGAGUUUAAAACCUAUGUCUUGAGUAGAACCGUCAUUAUUAGCAAAAGUUUCAAUAUUGAAGUGCCUACCUCGAACAAACAUCGCAUGGUUUGGCUGCCAGUCAAGGAGUUGAGGCAGAUGUACAUUUCUCAUUACUGUAAGUUAUUCAGCUUCAUUCUGUAAGUUUGGUUGGUAAAUCAAGCCUGUUGGCAAUCCAUGUUUGUGAUGAACUGACCGUGUUUUUGAAUAUUCGGAUAUAUUUGAAGUAAUGGAUUAAUUGGAGGAACACAUGUUUAAAUAAAUUAGCUCUGCUGCUUAAUGUAUAAGCCAAAGAAGAGUAUCAGUCACCAUAAUUGUCUGUGCAACACCAGAAUUAACACAAUGCAAGCACUGUGCUGCUGCUUUCUUACACAUAUACUGUUAACUAAACUAACUUAGAUAUUAUGGUUUUGCUGCUGUUAACAAUGCAAGCAGUUGCUUCAAACAGUAAAGUCACGUGAUGCAAAGUGACGUUUCUAUGCAAAAUGUACAAUCUAAUUGAAGCUGAAAACCGAUCGGAAAAUUCAGCAUUAGAUGCACUAUUUCUGCUUACAGAAUGUUAGUUUCUUCAGGUCCUGUAAUAAAGUGUCCUAAUACACUACACUUGAAAAGAUGUCAGCAAAACAGUUGUGUUGUGAAUGAACAAUGCUAUAUAACAGCAAGAUGGAGGAAAACAAGGAAAUACCUUAGUUGGGGAUACGGCGUUGAUGUGCAGAAGCUCCCCAUGCAGACUCUGAAUUUCAGUUGAUGUUUUGACCCCUACUUCUUGCUUCCUUCAAACUUAUUUUUUGAGAUCACUUUGUACUUUGCUAUACAAACAGAUGUUCUGCAAAUGUAUCAUACAAUAGAAAGUGGAAAAAAUCUGGGAUCAGCUUAUUUGAAAAGAAAUAUAUAUAUCUUAAAAAUAUAUCAUUGCACUUUGUAUAUAGAAACUGUUGAAAAGAGAAUGUGUUUCAUAUUAAGAGCUAAUGUCACCUAACAAAAUAAGUAACACCUCUUUACAUAAUAGUUUGCUUUAUUUGUCAUUAAGCAGUAUUUUCACAAGAGAUUAUUGGUGUGAUUAGGAUGAUAAUGGUUCACAUACAUACUCAUUCUCUGAAGUGUUCUUGGAAAGUGGCAAAAAUAAGAGAAAUGGACUGGUCAGUUUGAGGACGUGCUUAUUCUUGUAAUACUUUGAUUUUGAUCUGUUUAAUAUAAGUAUCUGAAAGUGUCCUUUAACCAAAGUGAAGAUAGUUCUGGGUUGGAACUACUGUAAGCAAGAGUAGAUUGCUUCAUUAGAAUUACAAAAAGAAAAUUGGCCUUUCAAGUGUAAUAAAAUCAGGGAUAUUUUUUUUCCCCCCAUUAAAAUUUAGUAAUUUUACCUUGGAAAGAUUUAGUGUGGUAUGUUCUAAGCAAAUGACUGCAAAAUAAGAGUGCUACUCUUAAGAUGCUAUGCUGUUUUUUUCUAGAAGAUUUUGUUAGUCUGCUUUUCCUUUUUUAUGUAAUACUGUCAGUUUGAGACAACAGAACAGAAUGAAAAUAGAUGGACUUUCCUACUGUUCUCUGUGUCCUGGCUUGUUUUGACUUGCACCGUCAUGCGAUCUCAGUGGCGUUGUUUUCUAUGUAUGUUGCUGAUAUAUAGGAUACACUAAUGUUGGAAUAAAUUUUGUAAACAUUGUGUUCAGCUAACAUAUAUUUACAUUUAAUAAGAUCUAAAUCUGGCAAAUAAAGCAGUGUUUAUUUUUAA